AUGAUGCUCAUUCCAGGAGGCGUCCCCAGCAGGUGUCCCUGCUCUGGGGGAGGUCUAAAGGCGAGGCGGAGGCAGGGAGCUGGGCUUUGGGAGGCCAGCCAGGCGAAGAGGGACCUUCCCGAGGCGCCAGCGGAGGACCCAGGGGCCGCCUCCUCCUCCUCCUUCUCCUCCAGGGCUCCUCAGGCAGUGGCUCAGCACAGAUGGAGCCUGGCUCUGGCCGCAGCCAGGGGCUGCUCCUGCUCCUCUGCAUCCCUCACGCUCUUAGAAGCUCCAGCCAAGGUGGCCAACAUUCAGGAGUUAUGGGAGCUGAAGUCCAAAAGACCUGGAAAACUCAAGUGUGGGAACCACGAAUGCCCUCCUUUUUGUGGUGAGGAGGACACCUCUGGUGGGCCAGUUGAGGGAGUUGUGUACCUGCCUCUUUGCCUCAUGUGGGGAGAGCAACAAAGGAACAGCAGCAGUGCAGUACCUCAGAAAGAAGAUCCCAGUGCCCUGGGAAAGCAGGUAUUUGGAACAUCAGUGUAUAACUCUUCAUCUCCCACAGUGUUUUCUCCGAAGGAAAAACAAUUUCGCAGCACAAUCUGUCAGUCUUCCAAUUCAUUUACAUGCUUUAAUGGAGGUGAAUGCGUGCAUUGGCAGCUGUGUGACUGUAGUCGAUAUAAUGCAACUGGAUCAAGAUGUCAGAUAGUGCAUAACACAGGAGCGGAACGAGACAGUAUAUGUAGAACAUGGGGACAAUACCACUAUGAAACCUUUGAUGGCCUCUACUACUUUUUCUCUGGGAAAUCUACAUAUUGUCUUGUCAGACAUAAUGAAGUGGAUGAGCAAAGCUUCUCUAUACAAGUCCAUAAUGAUCCACAUUGCAAGUCUUUCCCCUAUUUUUGUAAACGAUCGAUUAGUCUAUACUUUUCUGGAGAUGGAGAAAUCAGAUUAAGUAAAGAGGUCACUUACAAAGGAAUUAGAAUACAGUUGCCAUAUACCAUAGGAAACGUGUACAUCCAAAAACUGGCUGGAUAUGUUAUCGUUAGACACCAAUAUGCAUUUUCUCUGGCUUGGGAUGGUACAUCUGCUGUUUAUAUUAAGAUGGCUCCUGACUACUUGGGCAAAACUCAUGGGUUAUGUGGUAACAACAAUGCUAUAUUGCAAGAUGAGCUUGCCACUAGUUAUGGGAAGCUCACAGAAGAUAUUGAAGAGUUUGUAGAAAGCUGGAGAGAGAAUCUUCCCCAAGAGAGUAUACUCUCCAGUGAUUCCUCAUUUAACUAUGAGCCACCCUGCUUGACUCAUGGUCAUUCAUUUUUACAGAGGGCAUACACACUGUGCAGCAUGCUACUCUGGCCUCCUUUCAAAGAAUGUAAUGAGUUUGUGAGCCCCUUUCCUUUCAUGGCCAGUUGUACAAAUGAUCUAUGCAUGUCAGGAGCUGAUAAUGCAACUUGGUGUCGAGCAUUAACUGAAUAUGCAAGAUCUUGUGCACAAGCAGGAAAACCUCUCCAUAAUUGGCGGGCACAGUUUGAGCAGUGUGCUGUUCAAUGUGAGGAACAUCUUGUUUACAAUGAAUGCAUUCACUGUUGUCCAGUUUCAUGUCAACAAAAAACACAUUGUAUUGGUAGUGAACUUCCCUGUGUUGAUGGAUGUCAUUGUCCUGAUGGACUUAUUUAUGAAAACACAUCAUGUGUCAGACCUACUGAUUGUCCUUGUGAUUACCAUGGAACUGUCCACAGAACUGGAGAUGUGGUCUAUGAAGAAUGCAACAACUGUACAUGUGUUGGAGGAAAAUGGAUUUGCACAAAUCUUACUUGUCCAGCUGAAUGUUCAGUCUCUGGAGAUAUGCACUUUGUAACAUUUGAUGGGCGCAAAUAUACUUUUCAAGCUACUUGUCAAUAUAUUCUGGCAAAAAGCCUCACCUCUGGAAAAUUUGCUGUGAUUCUGCAAAAUGCUCCAUGUGGACAGAAUCAAGAUGGAGCAUGUAUUCAGUCUAUUAGCCUUAUUCUCAAUCAAGAUUCCAAGAGGCAAGUGACUUUGACUCGCUCAGGAGAUGUUUUGGUAUAUGACCAAUACAAGGUUAAUCUACCAUAUAUAGAUGAUUCUUUUGAAAUAAGGAAACUUUCCUCUGUGUUUUUGCAAGUAAAAUCAAUUAUUGGACUACAAAUACUUUAUGACCAAGAUGGUUUGAGACUCUAUCUUGAAGCUGAUGCUAGAUGGAAAGAUAAUACUAUAGGAUUGUGUGGAACCUUCAAUGGAAACACUCAAGAUGACUUUUUAUCUCCAGUUGGAGUGACAGAAAGUACACCUCAGCUUUUUGGAAAUUCCUGGAAAACUUCAUCAGCCUGCAGUCCUGAGCAUGAUAGUUCACCUAUGGAUCCAUGUGAUGUCCACCUACAAGCAGCCAUUUUUGCAACAGAAGCUUGCAGCAUCAUUACGAAAGAGCUCUUUGCUCCAUGCUAUUACUAUCUGAGUCCUCUCCCCUAUUUUGAACAGUGUAGAAGAGACACCUGUAAAUGUGGGCUGCUCUGUAUGUGCUCAGCUCUAUCCCAUUAUGCCCACCUGUGCCACAGAUUUGGAGUACUGAUAGACUUUCGGAGCAAUGUCCCAGAAUGUGCUCUUUCAUGUGAAGAUACAAAGGAGUACAGUACCUGCGUAUCUACCUGCGGUAGAACUUGCCAAGCAUUCUCUGUGCCAGAGACAUGCAGUGAUGAUUGUGUUGAAGGCUGCACCUGUCCACCUGGAAUGUAUCUGAACAUCAAAACUGACAGAUGUGUGCAACAAUAUGAAUGCCCCUGCUAUUUUCAGGGUAUUGACUACCCACCUGGAGAAAAUAUAAUCACAUCUUUAGGAAAAUGCCAUUGCAGAGAUGGAAUAAUGAACUGUGAAGAAAACAAAGUUGUCCAUGACUGUCCAGAUGGCCAAAUCUAUAUAAAUUGCAGUGAACCUCAAACCAUGGAACUUGGCAGGGAGAGAACAUGUGAAAACCAGCUAUUAAACCUCACCGUGUCUGCCCAUCUUCCCUGUUUUUCAGGGUGCACAUGCCCAUAUGGCCUUGUUAAACAUGGGGAUGCAUGCUUCAAACCAGAUGAAUGUCCAUGUUCUUGGAAAGGGAAAGAGUAUUUUCCUGGGGACAAAGUGAUUUCUUCCUGCCAUACGUGCAUUUGCAGUCAUGGAUCAUUUGAGUGCAUUUUUCACCCUUGCCCAUCAAUGUGUACUACAUAUGGAGAUCGACAUUACAGAACUUUUGAUGGGCUUUCAUUUGAUUACAUCGGAAAUUGUAAAGUUUACCUGGUUAAGAGCUCCUCAGUUACUAGUUUCUCCAUCAUUAUAGAAAAUGUUAACUGCUUUAACACUGGAAUAAUUUGCAGAAAGUAUAUUUUCAUUAACAUUGGAAAAUCAUUCAUAAUAUUUGAUGAUGACACUGGAGAUCCGAGUCCUUUGAGUUACAUAGACAAACUACAGCAAAUACAUAUAUGGAAAGCUGGAUUUUUCACAUUUGUUAAUUUUCCUAAUGAACACAUCACAGUAAUGUGGGACCAAAGAACAACUGUUCAUGUGGAGACAGGGCCUCAAUGGCAGGGUGAGCUGACUGGCUUAUGUGGAAAUUUUGACUCAAAGACAAUAAAUGAAAUGAGGACUCCAGAAAAUUUUGAAUUAACAAAUGCACAAGAAUUUGGGAGUAGCUGGGCAGCUGGAGAGUGUGUUGACAGCUCUGACAUUCGGCAUCCAUGCAUUUUAAAUCCACUGAGAGAACCAUUUGCCAAGAAAGAAUGUGGAAUAUUAUUAAGUGAAAUAUUUGAGUCUUGCCAUCCUGUGGUUGAUGUCACCUGGUUUUAUUCAAACUGUUUGACAGACACGUGUGGUUGCAACCAGGGAGGAGACUGUGAAUGUUUCUGUACAAAUGUUGCAGCAUAUGCACAUCAGUGUUGUCAACAGGGCAUUAUGGUAGAUUGGAGAUCUCCUAGACUGUGCCCCUAUGAUUGUGAAUAUAUUAAUAAAGUUCUGGGAAAGGGUCCCUACAAGCUGGUCAGCUACUUGGACAGAGAAGUUGCAAUUGCAGCCAACCUGCUGGAUGGUUCUGUUUUUCCAGCAAGAGGAGAUGGCUUCGCUCCUGGAGAUGCAGUGACCUUCAUGUUGACAUCAGGACUGUAUAAGCCUAAAGCACAUGAUCUAAAUCUGGUUUCAUUUGAAGUGGCAGAGAGACCAAAUUAUUUUCUUUGUUUAGCUUCUAAUAAUACCCUGGUUCUUUCCAAAUGGGAAAAAAAUGAAAUGUUUCAGAAUAGAUCAACAUUUGCCAUCCACGAAAACACAUGGCUCUCAGGAUACAGUUCCUUUGAAUCAUUUGCAGUGCCAGGAGCCUUCCUCCACAUUUCAGUGUCAUCUGUGAAUGUAGUUAAAUAUCAUCACUCUGAGGCAUUCAGACUUUCUACCCUUUUCAAACUUAUAGAUACCAAGUUUAAAUUUUUAACCCACUCUACCUGUGAGUGGCGCUAUGAUGUUUGCACAAGCCCUUGUUUCAAAACAUGCAGAGAUCCCUUGGCAGAACGCUGCCAGAGUGUCCCAAAAGUGGAAGCUGUGUUCCUGUGUCCUUUGAUAUGGUUCUGGAUGAAGUCACUCAAGAUGGUCUACUUCCUAGACUGCAUUGAACCUAUGGCUGAAGUUCAAAUGCUGCUAUCUACUUUAAAGACACAUGCAGCUCCUGGGGCUCUUGAAACUUCUGCAGUGAUCCCAAGUGAAGGAAUAACUUCUUCUCCAAGACCAUCCUUAAAAGACAGAGAAACAACACAUGCAUUCAAGUGGCAACUCACUUCAACAAUAGAGAAAACUAAAUUAUCUACUCUUCAGUUGACAAAUAUUACAGGUUUUGCCACAUCUCCAACAUCAAAUGUUUCAACAGAGGCAACCUUUGGUAAAAGUGUAAUGCCAGUGUUUUCACACUCAGUAUCAGAUAUUGGCCUCCCUUCUUUAGUUGAUACUCCUUCGCCACCAACAGCUGAUUUAGUUACAGGUGUUUUGCCUAGUAAACAGGCAGGUAUUACAACAAUCUUGUCAAUCCCAUCAACUCCCAUGAUCAGCAAAGCAGUAAGUAAGAUUCCAACUGUUACUGUAAUUCCAUCCAUUGUUACACAUGGUAAAUUGCCAGCCACAGUUGAUAUAGUAUCAGAAACAAAAGAUGUAGUUGCUAAGAGUUUCCCUACAGAAGAAACAGAAAGAAAACAUGAAAGUAUUACAGAAGGCAAACUAUCUUCCCCAGUCACAUCAAGAACAAGUCAUUUUUUAACCAAAGCCACACUGCCAUCUUUGGAAACUUCUUCCUAUUUUCCCACAAUCACUAGAACAACAGCUUCAGGUAGAACAAAACUGGAUGCAAGUCAGCCAUUUGAAAUGCUUGCCAAUGUCACUGUAACAUCAUUUUCUCCUUUAUUUACUACUUCAUCACUAAUGACAGUUGUUAAACCAGUUCCUUCAGAAACCUCAAAAACAACUGUUUCUUUAGUCAAAGAAGGAAUUAAGACUACAUUUAUUCCAGUACUUCAAGUAGUUCCACUAACUACCACUGCAAUCCCUACACAUCCAAGUAGUUUGCAGUUUCCUACCAUUAAAAAAGAAAUGGCACAAACAACAUCAAGUAUUACAUAUCCACCAAGUUCAUAUUUUUCUCUGUAUUCACCUACUACCUCAAAAUCUGCUAUCUUUUCUUCCAGACUUCCUCAGUUAUCUGAUACUCUUUUCCCAACAAAGUUGAAAGAAAUUUUACAAACUGGAUUGACAAGUGAAUAUUCACAAUUUAAACAACUAAAUGUGACUGAGGCUGUGUCUGCUUUAUACACUUACUACCCUGUUUCAUCUCAUACCAUAAGAGAUGCUCCUUUGUCUACAAAAGAAAGCUCUGAAAUGACCACUCCUUCAGCGUUACCAACACACACUCCAGUCUUCCUCAAGGCAUCUACAGAAUACAAAGCACCUUUGUCUCUGAAAACAACAGAGAUGAGUGUUGCUCAUGAUUCUGAUGCUGUGACAAUGACAUCUGAUUUUACAAAAGAAGCCAUGGCUAUGACUGUUCCAGUUCCACUAGUAACUAAAAUAACUGAACCAGCUGAACCAACUGGCUAUCCAUUUACUCUGCAUGCUAUGGCUGAUACCAAAAAACUGAUAUAUCUUGGCACAACUGAGUCAGAAAAAACCACUAGUGCAUAUGCAAGAAAGCCUUCUACUACUUUUCUGUUAAUGCCCAUUUCUACAGCAGGAAUAUCAAAGAAAGUCACUAGUCUUGUGUCUUCAUCACCUGAAGAUAAAGUUACCACACCUGCUGCACUUCAUUCAGUAACAACAAAGAGUACAGCUAUGUUUUCUGUGCCCCUUACAAUGGAGUUUCUGACCACAGUAACCUCAAGGCCAACUUCAGAACUGACAAUAAAGCAGGGUUUAGGAGAUACCAGUGUUGCUUUAUCCCCAUACACUAAAUUUAGCAGCCAGCCAUCAACUGUCAAAGAAUUAGUACCAACCACAGAAAUGUCAACUUUUACUUCUUCUAUCCCUGUUCCUCCAACAACACUUCAUACCACUUUCUACAAGACAGAGACAACAGUUCUCCCACACACUUUAACAGAAGAAAUAGCAGCCACUGCAGAACAGCCAGCUGAGAAAACAAAAUCCUAUAUUACUCCCAAGGCUACUUUUUCUGCUCAUACAUUUCCAGGGGCUUCUUCUGAUUUGAAGGAGGUAUCCACUGUUCCAUAUUUUGCACCCAAAACAGAGAAGCAUGAUUCCUCAACAACUUUGAAAAUGUACUUAACAACAAAGGGAUCUACAGGAGCUUAUCAGUUUCCAGCUGAAGUGGCAAGAACUAUUAUUCAUCCCAAAAGUGCUUUCAGUACAACAGAAUCAGCAGUCAAACUUGCUGUGUCUUCCCUCUUCAAAAGUACUUUGCCACCAGCAGUUGCUUCUUCAUCUGUUUCACUGACUUCUCUAUUUCCAACAAAAGCUCCUUUAACAAGUGAAAAAGGGGCAAGCCAAACAUCCAAAAGUGAUACAGGGUUUCUUCAGACAACAUUUUUAACAUCAACUGAAAAAGCUACUGACUUGACUUUCAGCCAAAAACCUGUGUUUUUUCCCUCUGAAGGUAUUACACGUCUGUUGCCAUUAUCUACCACGAAGGAAAAAGUAGAGGAGUUCUCUGUUGUUGAAAAAUUAAAAACUGACAUAACUACCACAAAGCAUGUAAUGACUUCUUCUCCAGCAAUCACACCAUCUAGCACUUUCUUCCAUGUAUCAGAAGCAACAUCUCCUUCAUUGUUUAUAUUAGAAGUACCAGCAACAUCAGUUGUGAAUCAAACAGAAUCACAAGAGGGGGUACUUUUAACCCCAGUAGUAUCAACAGCUGUCACAUCAAGAAGCAAAAAUGUUACAGAUAAAACUUCAGUUUUAUCUAAGCAAGUGCCACUGUCUACUAUUUCUUAUAGUUCAAUGUUGCCUGCACUUAGAGUGUCACCAGCUACCCCAUAUUUUACAACUACAACUGAAUCAGCACCCCUAGGAAUAAGUGGUCUGACAACACAAAGUGUUACAAAAUCAUUAGCAGAGAAAACAGCAGGAAUAAGAGAAUCCAUUGCAGCAUCCCUGUUUUCAGUGUCUUCUGUUGCUUUGGAAGCAAAGAGUAUCACAUCAGAAAUACCAGAAACUGACAGACAAAUACUGGUUACAAAGCUUCCUGUAUCACCUUUGACUACCAAACACCUUUCACCUGCCUCUGCUGUCCCAGCUACAAUACCCAAGAUGCCAUCAGUGAUUAAAAUGCCUACUACUUUUGCAAGCUCUUUACUGAUAUCACCAGUACAUCAAAAUGCUACAGUGACUGCACCUGUUCUUUCGUAUUUAUCUACCAAACAAAUCUCUGAUAGUGCUACAGAAUAUUCCUCAGGAUUAACCACAGGAGAAACUGUCUCAGCAGUUAAAGCAUCAGUUUUUAUGCCAUCUAGAGAAACAGCAACACAACCAACUUGUGUACCAAUCACGGAGAAUGAAUGCAUAAAACACAUUUGCUUAGAUGGGCAACUGAUCCAAGUUAACAAAUCACAGAACUGUCCAUACAAUGCAACACAACCCAGUUGUGGAUUUCUUGGAUUUGCUGUUCAGAUAAAUGGAGAUAAAUGCUGUCCAAAAUGGGAAUGUGCAUGUCGAUGCACACUCUUCUCUGAUUUGAGUUUCAUCACCUUUGAUGGGGACUAUCUGGCUUUAUUUAAGGAAGCAUCCUAUAUUGUCAGCCAAACUCAGGAUGAGACUAUAAGCAUCCAUAUUGCUGACUGCAGAAACACUCAUAUGGGCAUUUUAUCCUCUACUAAUCUGUGUAUGACAAUGCUGAAUUUGACAUAUUUAUCUAAUCAGAUUAUCAUUGACCGCUUAAACAGAAAGAUAGUUGUCAAUUCAAGAUAUGCAUGGCCUACUGUUAGAAAAUAUGGAUUUAAAAUUGAAGAUACUGGUUUCAUGUACUUUAUUGAAACCCCAACAAAUAUCAGAAUUCAAUGGUUUCACACCACUGGGGUGAUGGUAAUAGAAUUUAAUGCAACAAGUGUUCCAAGAGCAUUGGGACUUUGUGGUUUCUGUGAUGGAAGCUCAACAAAUGACCUCAUGCUACCCAAUGGUACUGUUCCAAGUACUUUGGAUGCAUCAGUUAUCUUUAUGGAUAGCUGGCAGGUGCCAAAUACAUUGAAGUAUAUUGGAAGACAGAGAACUCAUGAAACUAACUGUUCAGUCAGAGAUUGUUCACCUUGUUUAAAUAUGUUGUUGAAUGAGACCUUCAGCAGCUGCCAUCCUCAUAUUUCUCCAGAUUCCUUCUGUGAUUUGUGGGUUCAGGACACAGAAUAUAUUCAGAAUCCAUGUAUAGCACUAGCUGCUUAUGUUGCCAUGUGUAACAAAUUUAAUGUCUGCAUAGAAUGGAGGAGUUCCAGUUAUUGCUCCUUCCCCUGUCCAGAUGGUUUCUCCUAUAAGCCAUGCAUAUCUGCUUGUGAUACACCAAACACUUGUCAGAAUAUGGAGCCAGAGCCUCAGGAUACAGACUCUUACUUAAUACUGACAGAGGGCUGUGUCUGCACAGAAGGAACUAUCCUUCAUCGUGUUCACUCUGCUCUCUGCAUUCCAGAGGAGAAGUGUGCCUGUACUGACAGUUUUGGAGUGCCCCGUGCACUGGGCGAGACUUGGAAAACUUCUCAUAGUGGAUGUUGCAUGCACACCUGUGUGGAAAAUGAGACUAUCGCCCCUGUGGAGCACAACUGUUCAGCUAGAUAUGACUUAGAAUGCCAGCGGUUUGGGGAAAUGGCCUUAAUUGUUCCAGAUGGUCAGUCUUGUUGUCAUCAGAAAAUUUGUACUUGUAAUCGGAGCCUAUGUGAAACAUUUAUUCCUGAAUGCAAAGGUCUGGAGAAACUGGCAACCUAUUACCAGGAUGAUUCUUGCUGUCCUAUUUACAAUUGUGAAUGUGAUCCAGCAAAAUGCGAGACUGUGGAAGAGAUUCCAAACUGCCGAGCAGAUCAAACUCUGAUUGCUGCUCAUAUGGAAGGCACUUGCUGUGUAUCCUAUAUCUGUGCAUGUGGCAUUUGCUCUGAUCAAAUUCCAGUGUGUCAAGAAGGAGAAGUCCUUACUGUGGAUGGCAAUACUACAGACAGAUGUUGUCCUGCUUACCAGUGUUUUUGUGAAACCUUUCGUUGUCCUGAAUUUAAGUGUGUCUUAGGGAUGUCUUUGGUAGAAGUGUGGAGUCCAGAAAAGUGCUGUCCAUAUCGUACAUGUGAGUGUGCAUGUGACACAAUUCCUAAGCCUCAGUGUAAACUGGGAGAGAAGGUGAUUCUAGAUGAACAAUUCCAGAACAGCACAGAAAAUGUUUGUCACUGCACUAAGUACAAAUGUUGUAAAGACAAAGUGUGCCUGAACAAUGAAAGAGGUGUUCUGCUUCCUGGACAGUCCAUUGUUGAACAUUCACCUGAUGGGCUUUGUCACACUUCCUACUGCACAAGCAUAAUUGAUCCUGUUACCAAGUACUAUCAGAUAAAUACCUCCACUGUAAAUUGUGCAGCAAGGUGCAAAUCUCACCAGAUGUAUGAAUCUCCAAAGGAUUUAACAACAUGCUGUGGAAUAUGUAAGAAUGUAUCUUGUAUCCAUACUUUCAGCAAUGGAACACUUUCACAUUUUAAGCCUGGCAGCACCUGGAUUUCGAAUUGUAUCAGAUAUGAGUGUACAAACACACCAAUUGGACCUGUCCUAGUUUCUUCAGCCAUCAGCUGCCCACCCUUUAAUGAAACAGAGUGUGUAAAGGUUGGAGGAUAUAUUGUGCCAUUCCUAGAAGGGUGCUGCAAAACUUGCAAAGAAGAUGGGAAAUUUUGUAAAAAGGUGACUGUUAGGAUGACAAUACGCAAGAAUGACUGUCGAAGUAAUACACCAGUAAACAUUGUUUCCUGUGAUGGAAAAUGUCCUUCUGCAAGCAUCUAUAACUAUAAUAUCAAUACAUAUGCAAGAUUCUGUAAGUGCUGCAGGGAACUUGGGCUGCAUAGGCGAAAUGUGCAACUGUAUUGCAGUGGCAACUCAACCUGGGUCAGCUAUACAGUUCAAGAACCCACAGACUGUUCUUGCCAGUGGUCAUGAAAAAUCCUAAAAGAAGUCAGUGUUUUCAACAUCAUUGAAGGAA